AUUGAAGUUUCUUAAUUUGAGUCAAUAAAUUAAUUGAUAUGCGCUCACUGUGCACAGACUUUCACCAUCAACUGUCCGGCAGUGCGUCGCGAGACCCAUAGCCCGAGAGCACUUUCUUUCAGUCAUAGCUUCGCUCUCGCUACACUCACCUGUUCCCCCUUUUUAACUUUAGUCCAAAGUUUUUGUUAAAUUUAGUUGCCGCGUCCAACUUUGAGCAAACCGAAUUGCAUCAACAAUAACCAGGGCCUGUUUUGCGCGCGAUUUUCGAACAUUUCGAAUAAUUCCCCAAUUCCCAUUUGACUCGUCUUGAUUUUUUCCACAUUGACCCCGUCCAAAUAACUUCCGAGUUUGUGUGAGGCCCCCAUGGCAGCUAGUAAACUCUCCUCCAAGCAGACCACACUUUUUGAGUCGAAAUGUGCGAAGAUCUCUGCCUUCUAUUUUGACCUGGACAACACUCUGAUCCCGACCAGAGCCGGCGAUUCUAAAGCCAUACGUAAGCUCUCAGAUCUACUUGAGUCGCAGUACCAUUUCACCAAAGAUGAUGCCUCUCUGGCCGCGCAGACUUUUUUGAAAUCCUUCCGCCGCUGUCCGGACAACACGCAGACCUCACUGGACUCGUGGCGCACCCACCUGUGGCGGGAGUCGCUGCUGCCCAAGUACAAGCACCUCGCGGAUGAGAUCUAUCCACAGUGGCUACGGUUGCGAUACCGCUACCUGGCCGUGCCGGCUGACUAUGUGCAGCUGCUGACGCGAAUGCGUCGGGCAGGCUAUGCCCUGGCCCUCAUCACGAACGGGCCUUCGAAUGCCCAGUGGGAGAAGGUGGCCCGACUGAAUGUGCGCGGGUACUUUGAUUGCGUGCUGGUCUCCUCGGACCUGCCCUGGGAGAAGCCCCAUCCGGAGAUCUUCUAUGCGGCCUGCAAUUUCCUCAGCGUCAAGCCGCAAGAGUGCGCCAUGAUCGGCGACAAGCUGGAGACGGACAUCAAGGGAGGUCAUUUGGCCCAGCUCGGCCUCACCUUCUGGACACCGCUGAGCAGCAGCAGCUCGGCAGCCCAGUCCCUGGACGAUGUAGAGUACAAGCCCCACCACAAGCUCAACCAACUGCUGGAGCUAUACAAAUACUUUCCCCGUCUCAACGCCGUUGCGCAGCCCGACACUCCAUCCACAUCCAACCGCCGCGGGAGUUACCUGAGCGGAAGUCUGGCUAGUGCCAGCGGGAGUGGGAGCGGGUGUACGUCCGGCUCCAGUAGCCAGAGAAGCGAACCGGAGAAGCGGCAGUUGGCCUAUCGCCGUGGCGGAUCCUUGCCGGCCAUGGACUGCUCGAAUAGUGAGGCGGAGAACAGUUGCGACAGCUUCCUAUAAGGGAGAUCCGGAGAUUGAGUCUCGACGGAGGGCGAAAACGGUGCGCCGCGCUUCGCCAUUGGUGGAAAAUGUACCUUCAGUUUACAAAACUAUAGCUAAAAGGAAAUAGGAAAUAGAGACGGAAACCAAUAGGAGGAGGAUAAUUAAUGAAAUGAUGUUGAUAAGGACAACCAGGCACACGGGAACCGAAUGCAGGAAUUUAAAGUUCAACUAUUAGGUGGGAGGACCCGUGAACUACGGCGAAUCUCGUUUAUCUGCCAUUAAAACUAAAAUUAAGGUUAGAACAGAAUCAGAAAUGCACACAUACUAAAAAAACAAAAAAAUAAACCAGAAAUGGCUAUAGAAAUCACAAUACAAGAGAGGAACCAGAAAGGGGUAUAACCAAAUGUAUUUUUCUAAGCGGAUGUUGUUCUUCCAGAAAUUUUUUGUAAAUUGAUAAGUGCAAUCAAAAAAAAAAAAAACCAAAAGAAAUUAGAAAUGAUAAAAAAACAAUUAAAAUGGAACAAAAGCGAAUAAGGAAAAAGUGUCGGAUGUUGGCUCAAUUCGAAGAGAAACCGUUAGAAUAGCUAUCUUACUACAUGUGUAUCCAUGUCGAUUGUUAGCUAUUGUAGUAGUCGUAGCCAUGUAGCCGUUGGUUCGAAAUUCGAACUAGAAAUUAAUGCACCACUCCCCACACACGACACACACGAGACACAACACCUGAAAAACUGCUGGGACAUUAAUAAGGGUAUUCCUGAAAGAGAUUAGCCGCACCCAACAGGUUUAUUAAUGAGAUCCUAUUAAAGAGAAUAUAAUAACAAAGCUAUCGAAAAAAACUAUCGCUUGAAACCCAGAAUGUUUUAAAAAUGUGGUAGAUUAUAUAUAAAUAAGCAUCACACGAACACAAAAUUUCUUCCUAUUGAAAUCACAAAAAAAUAUAUGACACAAAAACCAGCAAAUGUGUUCCAAAUCUUCCAAAUAAUCUAAGCGAAAUCUGCUUCGAAGUAGAAUCGAAUCCGAAUUGCCGGCUGUACGCACUGUGCCAUUUGCAUGAAACAGCUGCGAAAAGCUUAUUGAUCCACGAAAUCUUUUCAGGAAUACCAUCCAUAGUUAUUUGCGUAUUCCUCUCAGUCGCCUGUCCCCCACCCCAAACUCAGUUACUCCACCACCACUUUUUUUGUCGUUUUAUAAAACUAAAGGUUACCUCAAGGUUAGGUAGUGGCAAAAGCAAUAUACGACUCGAAGAGCGGAAAUACCCCAUCUUAUUAAUAUUUAUAAACCAUGGGUUACUUUACUCACUCCCCAUACACCCGCGCAAAGUUAAAGACAUGUACGAAUAUGUCUGCACGUACAAUAUAAAAAUGUAUGUAUUAUCUAGGUUGCAAUGUUAAACCAUCAAUAAAGAAAAACCCACAAAUA